UGUCGUCAGUACACCAAUAAAAUUUAUUAUUUAAAUGUUUGAAAAUGUUAGAUCAAACCAAUUAUAAUAACAGUGACGAACCACUUAGAUAGUGUUGUGAUAUAGCAUAAUAAGAUUUCGCUCUUAGUUUACUGACAAUAAAAAUUAUACACGAUGUCGAGCAGUCCAUUCCCAUAUACUUGUGAACUAUGCGGCGCAGAGGGCUUAACGGAUGAAGGGAUGAGAUCUCACACUCUCGAAGCCCACGUGGCAGGGCGUCCAGAUUGCCCAUUCUGCAACUGCACUGUCCCCCAACCUCAGCUCGUGGGACACGUGCAACGUGCUCAUCUCCACUAUCUAACACCGGAGAGAGAACUAAUGGCGUUUAUAGAUGACCAAAGUCCCAGCUUCGAUGAGGACUCCAAAAUGACAACAACAGACAGUUGCAGCUAUAAUACUCCAGGGUCAAUAAACGGAUGGCACAGUCCAGAUACGGCUACAUCGUACCACAACGGUGCCAUAUCAAAAAACACAUAUUACAACGGCUUCCAAGAGAAAGACUAUAAGAGUGAAAGAGACGACGAAAAAUACUCUAGGUCACCUAAAAACAUCAAUCUCACUAAUGGACUAAAGAAUAUUAAUAUCAAUAAUGGAGUUAUAUCGAAAAAAAAAUGUAGUAGGGAGAAUUCCAUCGAAAGAGAUAUGAUCAACGGCCGGGAUAACAAAGGUAUUCAUUCGAGCUCAAAUCAUAAUAGCAAUGAUAACUCACCUAAUAAAUCUAAGCUAUCUAUGGCAAGUGCAGGUCAAGGUUCGCCUCUUCGAUCACAAUUAGCCCUUAAACUUAAAUCUAAUACACCUAAGAAAUCUGCACCCACACCAAGCCCUACUGUUCAGUGUCUUUUGUGCGAUUUCACAUCAACAUGUCCAAGAAAAUUAGAAGAACAUAUAAACAGAGCUCAUUUCGACCUCACAUCACCUUCAAUUUUGGGAAACGCAAAUGAUAAUUCCAAUACAACUAAUAACGUGACCCUUGGCUUAAGCAACGCGACGAUAACACUUAACAACCCCACUUUGGCGCUGUCCGCAAUGGCCAUGUCCCCUGGACCACAUACCUCGUCUUAUCAGUGCCCGAUUUGUGAAAGAGAGUUCUCGAAUGGAACGGACGUUGAGGUUCAUGUGAAUGUAGAACAUCGGGAUAUAUUGAGCCCACAAAAAUCUGACCAAGUAGACAAUGCUUCUUGUGAUGAUGUGGUAAUGGUAGAAGAAAGUCCAGUAAGCAACUGCCCUGUAUGCUGCCAGCCUUUGCCUCUAUCACAACAUGAGUUGAUCCAGCACAUAGAAGAGCACUUUGAAAGAGGAGAAGAGAGCGGCCCCUCAACACUUACAGCUGCUGAAAAAGAAGCUCAGAGAAACAGAGAGGAACAUGAGUUUCAACUGCUUAGGGCUCAAUAUGGCAUGGAGGAAGACGAGGAAGGCUACACCAGUCGAGCUGCCAGCAGUCUCAAGCGUGCAGUGUACAGCGGAGCUUUAUCAGUUGCCGGUUACUAUGAACGUAGUGUCGGUCUGCGUAAAGCCAGCGCUCAAGGUCUUGAUGCAGGAUGUUCUAAGACUAAUGGUAUUUUGGAAAGGAUAGCCCAAUUGAAUGCCCAGAAUCCGAGCAUAGUCAAAACUUAUUUAUGCAGUGCUGUUGAUCACUACGCAAGCACCUACGGAGACAGAGGCUGGGGCUGCGGCUACAGGAACAUGCAAAUGGUGCUAUCAUCGUUAGUACGUCACCCGCCAUACGCAGCGUUGUUGAGCGGCGUCACGGAGAAGGAGUGCGAGUGCGUGCCCUCCAUACCCAGUCUGCAGCUGUUAGUGGAAAGAGCUUGGCAGCUGGGGUUUGAUACUCAGGGUUCAGAACAGCUUGGCUGCAAGUUACACAAUACACGCAAAUGGAUCGGAGCUUGCGAAGUCGUCACAGUACUCUCUUCACUUAGGAUAAGAUGUCAGCUGAUAGACUUCCACAAACCGACGGCGGCCGACGGCAGUCAUCCUGCACUCUUCGACUGGGUGCUGAGGUACUUUCAGAACGAACCGAACGCCUUCAAGCCACCUCUCUAUCUUCAGCAUCAAGGUCACUCGAGAACCAUAAUAGGCUACGAGAAGCACAAGGACGGGAAGGCGACGCUGCUCGUGCUGGACCCGUCGCACUCGCCGGCGCAGGUGCGCGGCGCGGUGGCGGGCGCGGGCGCGCUGCGGCUGCUGCGGCGCGGCGCGUGCGCACUGCGGGCGCGCCAGUACCAGCUGCUGUGCGUGCGCGGCCUGCUGCGCGACGAGCGCGACUACCAGGCCAGCAAAGUGCUGCAGUCGGUGCGUAUCCCAUAAUGCCGGUCGGGGCUCCGACGCCGUCUCGACGCUAACAGAGUACGAAAGGCUAGUGUCGUUAAGAGAAAUUUCGUUAACCGUAUGUAUUUGUUCAUAUUUAUGCAAACUAGUUCAUAAAUUCUUAACGAAUAAAAUUCUAGUCCUAAUUUAUUAUUGUCUAUGAAAUUUCAUCGCUGAUCUUACAAUGCAGUCGGUCAUAAACAGAACUCGAAAUUCAUAAAAAUAAAAUAUUCUUGUAGUUAUUAAUCGGAACCGUACAAUUCGCAUAUCAGCAAUAUCGAGUUCGUGUAAUAAAAAUUAAAUGUUGCGUCACUAAAGUUUCAUACCAAAACUUUACAUAUUAAAACGUUGCUAUUAAAUUCGAUCCUGAAAUUUUGCUCUCGAAGCAGUUUUUUUUCAAAAAGCAUUGUUACGUCACAGUUUGUGGUGAGUUGAGUCCAUUUAUCUAUUUUGUGGGUUUUAUAAAACUUGCCUGUUCUCUUAUAUGCGUUAGGGAUAGUAUUAAAACAUUGAGAGUUUUUUUUAUGAGAAAAACAACACGGUACGUAAGGCUACCUGACGUGUACAAAAUAUUCCAUAAGAUAGUGUUGCACUGAUUUAAUUACUAUCGAUAAUCUAAUUAUACUAUCGUGCCCAUGAAAAUAUUUACAUUGUCGAUAGUUCUGUAACGUUACACGUGUAAUUUUAUCAUUAUAAUAUUUUUAAGAUUAAAAUUUAAAUUAGUAUUUCCUUAGAAUAAUAUUACAUUUUUGUAUCCCGGAUCGGACCAUUAAAGACAGUUUUCAUAUGCUUCUAUCGUGUGUAGUAGAUUAUAAGACAGAGACAAAAGAUUGUAUGCUUUUGCGUUCAUAUGCCUGAAUUUUAAUAUGCUAUAUGCAAUCACCGAGUCUUAAUUGAGAAUCGCCGCUGCGGCCGAAAUUCGAUCAGUACGCUGAAAGGCGUUUGUAUAAUUAAUCGUAUGAACAAUUAACGAAAAUUGACAUAACUCUUUUAAAUAUUUAAACAUUAUAUUAUUUUAGAAAUUUUAUUUUUUAAUUUGAUAAAAUAUAAGCUUAAUUUUUUUUUUUUUUGCUAUAUCACAUGCUGUCGGUACCACUUGGAUAUAAUGAUAAAACAAGUGAAACUGCUUCCUGCGUCUAAACUCUUUCCGGUCAUAUCGGAUCACCGAACUUAUGCUACCUUUAUUCGAAUACUAGUUUCAGCCGGCGGCUUUGCCCGCUCAUUUCCAAGGGAGUAGGUUUCAGGUACCCCAUUUACGUUACUGUUUUCAUUACAACGUGUAUGCAAAAAUUCAUAAUGAUCAGUUAAGUAGCUAAGACGUGGAAACAUAGCAAACAAACAAACUCACUUUCGCAUUUAUGUACAAUAUUAGCAAGGAUGAAAUAGCUAAACCCAUUUUGAUUGUGUUGUAGAUUUUGAGACGACCUUCGACUCCCAUUGUAAUAUUAGCGAUGUCAUUGUUAUUCCUUAGAUUUAGUUGUAUUUAGAUAUUAAUUCUACCUCGAUAUUAUUUGUCAAUUAUGUUCG